GACCCGAAAGCAGGCAUCUCUUGCUGCUGGCACGUAUUGGGGGCCAGUGGCUCCGACUGGCAGGCUGGCUUGAAGGAGAAGCUGCCCCCAUGGCGCUUGGGGAAUGCAGCACUUCAACAGGAAAUCAGCGUCCAACCCGCACAGAUGUCACCUUGCUCCAGCACAGAGAACUGAAGUGCAGAUAGCAGAACCAGCUGUGAGGUCGAACCAUGAUUCCCGUGACAGAACUGCGCUACUUUGCCGACACUCAGCCCGCCUACCGCAUCCUGAAGCCCUGGUGGGACGUGUUCACGGACUACAUCUCCAUCGUCAUGCUGAUGAUCGCCGUGUUCGGGGGGACCCUGCAGGUGACCCAGGACAAGAUGAUCUGCCUGCCCUGCAAGUGGGUCACCAGGGACUCCUGCAACGACUCGUUCCGGGGCCGGGCGGCGGCGGGCGGGCCCGAGGCCGGCUACCCCAACUCCACGGCGGGCCCGGAGCCGGGCCCCACGGGCAUCCGCUACGACCUGGAUCGGCACCAGUACAACUACGUGGACGCGGUGUGCUACGAGAACCGGCUCCACUGGUUCGCCAAGUACUUCCCCUACCUGGUGCUGCUGCACACGCUCAUCUUCCUGGCCUGCAGCAACUUCUGGUUCAAGUUCCCCCGGACCAGCUCCAAGCUGGAGCACUUCGUCUCCAUCCUGCUCAAGUGCUUUGACUCGCCCUGGACCACGCGGGCCCUGUCGGAGACGGUGGUGGAGGAGAGCGACCCCAAGCCGGCCUUCGGCAAGAUGAACGGCGCGGUGGAGAAGAAGUCCUCCACGGUGAGCGAGGACGUGGAGGCCACGGUGCCCAUGCUGCAGCGGAGCAAGUCGCGGCUGGAGCAGGGCAUCGUGGACCGGUCGGAGACGGGGGUGCUGGAUAAGAAGGAGGGGGAGCAGGCCAAGGCCCUGUUUGAGAAGGUGAAGAAGUUCCGGACCCACGUGGAGGAGGGGGACGUCGUCUACCGCCUCUACAUGCGGCAGACCAUCAUCAAGGUGAUCAAGUUCGUCCUCAUCCUCUGCUACACGGUCUACUUCGUGCACCACAUCCGGUUCGACGUGGACUGCACGGUGGACAUCGAGAGCCUGACGGGCUACCGGACCUACCGCUGCGCCCACCCGCUGGCCACCCUGUUCAAGAUCCUGGCCUCCUUCUACAUCAGCCUGGUCCUCUUCUACGGGCUGAUCUGCGUGUACACGCUCUGGUGGAUGCUGCGGCGCUCGCUGAAGAAGUACUCGUUCGAGUCGAUCCGGGAGCAGAGCAGCUACAGCGACAUCCCGGACGUGAAGAACGACUUCGCCUUCAUGCUGCACCUGACGGACCAGUACGACCCGCUCUACUCGAAGCGCUUCGCCGUCUUCCUGUCGGAGGUGAGCGAGAACAAGCUGCGGCAGCUGAACCUGAACAACGAGUGGACCCUGGAGAAGCUGCGCCAGCGCCUGACGCGCAACUCCCAGGACAAGCUGGAGCUGCACCUGUUCAUGCUCAGCGGCAUCCCCGACACGGUCUUCGACCUGACCGAGCUGGAGGUGCUCAAGCUGGAGCUCAUCCCCGACGUCACCGUCCCGCCCAGCAUCGCCCAGCUGGCCGGCCUGCGGGAGCUGUGGCUCUACCACACGGCGGCCCGCAUCGAGGCGCCCGCCCUGGCCUUCCUGCGCGAGAACCUGCGGGCCCUGCACGUCAAGUUCACGGACAUCAAGGAGAUCCCCCUGUGGAUCUACAGCCUGAAGACCCUGGAGGAGCUGCACCUGACGGGCAACCUCAGCGCCGAGAACAACCGCUACAUCGUCAUCGACGGGCUGCGCGAGCUCAAGCGCCUCAAGGUCCUGCGCCUCAAGAGCAACCUGACCAAGCUGCCCCAGGUGGUGACCGACGUGGGCGUCCACCUCCAGAAGCUCUCCGUCAACAACGAGGGCACCAAGCUCAUCGUCCUCAACAGCCUGAAGAAGAUGGUCAACCUGACGGAGCUGGAGCUGAUCCGCUGCGACCUGGAGCGCAUCCCCCACUCCAUCUUCAGCCUCCACAACCUGCAGGAGAUCGACCUCAAGGACAACAACCUCAAGACCAUCGAGGAGAUCAUCAGCUUCCAGCACCUGCACCGCCUCACCUGCCUCAAGCUCUGGUACAACCACAUCGCCUACAUCCCCGUCCAGAUCGGGAACCUCACCAACCUGGAGCGCCUCUACCUGAACCGCAACAAGAUCGAGAAGAUCCCCGCCCAGCUCUUCUACUGCCGCAAGCUGCGCUACCUGGACCUCAGCCACAACAACCUGACCGCCAUCCCCGCCGACGUCGGCAUGCUCCAGAACCUCCAGAACCUGGCCGUGACGGCUAAUCGGAUCGAGAGCCUCCCACCCGAGCUCUUCCAGUGCCGGAAGCUGCGGACCUUGAACCUGGGGAACAACGUGCUGCAGUCCCUGCCCUCCCGGGUGGGUGAACUGACCAACCUGUCCCAGAUCGAGCUGCGGGGGAACCGGCUGGAGUGCCUGCCCGUGGAGCUGGGCGAUUGCCCCAUGCUGAAGCGCAGCGGGCUGGUGGUGGAGGAGGACCUCUUUAACACCCUACCCCUGGAGGUGAAGGAGCGGCUGUGGAGGGCCGACAAGGAGCAGGCCUGAAUCCUCCCCGGUGGCCCGGGAGGGCCGAUAUAGUCACAGUCCACGGGGCAGGCGGGGCCGGCUCCAUUUCCAUCCCCAUCCCGUUCUUGGAGCCGCCCCCCCCCGCCACCUUCUCCACCCCAGACUGUCCCGGAGAACUUGGGGUGCCUGAUGGCAGCAGAGAGGAGUCUGCUUGGCCAGCCCUCUGGCUGGUGGGCAACUCCUGCCAGACGGUGCCCGGGAGCAAGGACUCCAGUUGCCCUGAGGCCGGAGAGGAGGCAGGAGCCGGUGCGUCCUGCUGCCAGGAAGCCAGGCGGCAACCAGGGACCGCUCCCUGUUUCCGUCCGUAACUGUGCCCCGGGCGGGCUUCUGGCUGGGGAGGGACCAGUGUCUGGACAAUCAACCGGUCAGGGGGUCGGGGAACCAUCCCGUUGACCCUCUCAGUCUGAGAUGCUGAGACAGCCCAUGGGCUUUGCUCAGUCCGACUCGGGGAGUUGAUGACUUUAGAUUAUCGAUAUUUAUUUUCUUUCCUCUUUCCUCCCCUCCCCUCAGUAACUUAUGCAUUCCCCUGGAAGCUCAGCUCUCACAUAGGCUUGUAUUUCCCCACCCAGUUUCUAGGCUGCUCUGGGGCCGAGGGAUCCGGGUGGGGGGGUUCCCCCGCCCCACAAGGGUGGUUGUGCUGCUGACCGUGCAGUUGGGGGGCAGGGGAGCCCCGGCUUAGCCAGCUCCCCUGCCCGUGGCAGCAAGAGGUGGGAGAGAAGUGUUAGCCACUGGAAACACUUGAUGGCGGUUUUAGAAAUUUUUUUUUUUUAAUAGCCUUUUUAAAGAUACUUUUUAGAAAAAGUUUGGUUUGGGUAUUUAAAAAAACAAAACAAACAAAAAAAAGACACUAAGAACCAGGGGAUAGGAACGUCUCAGGAUAGGGUGGGGGUUUCCCUUGAGCAAAGCAACAGGAUGACAUUGAAAUGUACUUCCUCUCCCCGCACCCCAGGGGCUAGUGGGAGGUGCUGCCAGCAUCUGCCAUGAACUUGUCAAGAAAAUUUUUUUUCCUUUCUGUAUGAUCUUGGUGGAUUUUUUCCCCCCCCCCCUCCCACUUUGUAUUUUGGCAGCCGCCCAUUCCUGCCACUCUUGGCCAAAGGGAGAGGGGCUGCUUUAGCGGCACGAUUCGGGCUGGAGAGGCUGGCCCGUUUAGGGCCUUUGGCCAAAUCCUGAAUGAACUUGGUGCUUGUUGGGUCCCAUUCCCCGGCUCUCUUCACUCCACACAGUGUUAAGGAGCAGCGUAUCAUUAACAGUAGAUAGUCUGGGCUGAUUCAGUGGACCCGUUUCCACAGGGACGGGGCCUGUUUGAUGGGAAGCAGAGAAACCCGAGUUCACGAGUGGCCACCUUAAGUCGCUAACCCUGUUUUGCUCUCUGUCUCUCUCGCCUCUCUGCCCUCCCUGGCUGUGGGAUGGCACUUGUUUUCAUUCCACCCUGACUGUCUGGGGUGCCCCGGGGGGCCGCUGUCCAGUGCCUCCUACCCCACAGCCUGCCACUUCCUCAGCCCCUCCAUGAGCAGGGCAAGGUUGUCUAGCUGGGGAGGGGACCACUGGGCCUGGGGUCUCUGGAUCUCCCCGCCUCAAUGAUAAGACAGAGGAGACCCGGGGACUUUUAUUGCCAGCACGUGUCCCCGGGCACCUAUCAUAUAGCCAACUGGGCCCGGCGUGCAAUGAAACUGGAGUCUGUCAUCUUCCUCAUUCUCCUCCUCACUCCUCCUCCCCAGCCUUAGAUCACCUUGGACACUGGGGCACGUUUUAGCGUCACUUGUCUUAAUGUUUUGUUGGGGUUUUUUUUUUUUCCUCCUCCCCCUCCGCGUCGGAUGUAACCUAUGAGAUAAUGCACACUAGAGACUCGACGACCACGAAGCAGUCCGUUACGAGUGGGUCUGGACUCAUUGACUCAGUUCAAAUAGCCAAUAAAGCUUCGACCUCAAACGUC